GCGGCAUGCUACACAUAGCAGUUCACUUUUUGCGGUCAAGAAUUUUCAACGUGCCCGGUGGACAUUGCAGAAGAUACGGCCGACAAACUGGGACCGUCGAACGCGAGGCUUUCGAUAUGCGCGAGUCUGUUCAGUGCGAUCUUGUUGUUGUUGCCAAGUCUACUCCAACCUCACUCACGAUUCCACGAAAUUCGUCACUGGUACAGCGAUCACUCGCCUCCUCCCUAGCUCUGGAUUUCCCAUGAGAGGAGCCGAGCCUACGGCUUAUGCACCCUAAAUGACCUCUCCUCGAAAGUACUCCUCGAGAGCCUUCUUCCCCCUAUGCUAAUACCUAUUUAGGUUUGACUCAAAGUCCAGUCUCGCACUGUCUCGUUAUUUGACAGAUGGCUAACAAUUCGACUUCUAGCAAUACUUGUCCUCCCCAUGGCUCUGCGCGUUAUCCUGUCUAUCCAGGUCCGGUUCGAGAAGCUAUGAACAGCUCUUGUGACAGUUUGUCUCCGUAUGCUCGCCGGCAGAGAGAGUAUCAGGUGGCUCACAUAGGUGUUGGGAGUUCUGCUGUGGUGGAACCAGCCACCUCGCCUACACAUCUCGUGCCAGCCCAACACAGCCUACUGUCACCCACGAACGCUCAACUUGGUUUUCCUUCCACAAUAUCUCCUCCUGAGAUAGCCUGUAAUUUCCCACCGUCCGGUGUCCGUUCGACUUUGUGUGCAAGCCCUGAUAAUGGUUUGCCUCGUAGCAGCAGCGACGCAUGGCUUCAUGAUUCUUGGCCCCCCAAUGCUCCGUCUAUUCCCACAACACCCCCAUGCUUCCACGGCUCCCGCUCCUCUAUGCCGCAGUCGCUCGUAUAUUCCGCCGCUUCAGCUUACCACACACAGCAAACUGUAUGCGUCCGCACGUCUCAUACUUCCGUCGGAUUGUUACCUGUCAGCCCCGCUGUCCCAGCUUUUCCAAUCCCAGGCCGGGUUCCACACUCGGUGCAGGCCCCUCCUUCCCGAAAAAGUUCUGACCUGAGUGGAGCUUCCAUUCCUUCUUCAUCCUACUGUUGACCUGGAUUCUGUGGUGGAAGCACGGGGAUCGGAAUUUCCUCACCCAUAAUCGGCCUACCUAUGAGAAACCUUUCUGCGACAGCGGAAUCUAAGCGGAACAGCUCAGAUGGGCCACGAGCCUCCAAAUCGUACUCUGCAUCGCCCAUUGGGAAGUCUACAG